AACCUUAAGGGAAAUAAAUAGAGAUCCAUCAUUGACGCGGUUUGCUUUUAACUAGAAAUAUCACACAAAACCCACCUGGAUGUUUUUGACCUGAGAGAGAAAGAGCAGUGGUUAUAAAAAAUACAUCACUGGUGAAGGUUACUGUGAAGAGACAGACUAUGUCUAAGGAGCUUGGGAUGAGGCCGGUGAUGGUUCUGCACAAUGAGGGUGUUAACUUCCAAUUGAAUUCUGUCCCCAAUGAGGAUGAAGCCUGGAAAAGCUACCUUGAAAACCCAUUAACUGCAGCAACAAAGGCCAUGAUGAGCAUCAAUGGUGAUGAUGAAAGUGUGGCUGCUUUAAGCCUCCUCUAUGAUUACUACAAGGUGCCAAAGGAAGAAAGACUUCUGCUGCCCGGAAAAGUAACCCGCCCGUGUGAACCAAACGCAGUAAGGAGGAAUAACACUGGCAUUGGAUUUGAUUUUGACAACAUUUCAUUUCUGGAAAAUCCCAUCCCAACUAUGAAACCUUUGCCUGAAGAUAUCAUUAUGUCAACAGAGUACCUUGAUCCAACUAGAAGAUCCCAACGGUUCCAUUCAGAUGCUUCCUUUCCAGUUCCCAAAUGUCAGCCUUCAUUAGAUAGCUGUAUCAUCGCCCCCAGAGAUUUAUACGACUGCAAUCUCACCGAAUCAUUUGAUAAUAUUUUAAUGACACAGCCACAACAGAGAUGGGUCGCUGAGAACAUAUCACCUGAGGCCUUUCUUAACGAUUUGAUGAGACCACCUUGUGUCGAAGAGAAUAUCACAAAUAAUAACUCAAGGGUCGACUUUGAGUACAUUCUGGAGGCACCUAAAUCCGUCAACCAGAAACUAGGGGAGGAAUCACUGGGUUACCUCAACAAAGGACAGUUUUAUCCAGUCACACUGAGAGCUGCGGAGAGUGACAAAUGUUUACAAUCAUCCUCAACCAAAGUUCGAAGCAUGAUAAUGGCUGUAUUUGACAAUGGGAAGCCUGUGGAAGAACAAAUUAAGUACUGGAAACACUGGCAUUCCCGACAGCAUACUGCAAAGCAACGAGUCAUUGAUUUCGCAGAUUACAAGGAAAGCAACAGCACUAUCAGCUGUGUCGAAGAGGUGGCGUUCAAUGCUCUUUCCUUCAUCUGGGAUUCCAGCAAGGAAGCCAAGGUUCACAUUGGAAUUAACUGCCUGAGUACAGACUUCUCCUCACAGAAGGGAGUCAAAGGUCUGCCCUUAAACCUCCAGAUAGACACCUUUGACUGUGAAACCAAAUCGGACAAACCUAUUCAUCGGGCUGUCUGCCAGAUUAAAAUAUUUGUGGACAAGGGCGCUGAGAGAAAAAUGAGGGAUGAAGAGCGCAAACAAUCUAAACGAAAAAGCAAGUUCCCAGAUUCCACCACAGAUGCUAUUACCAACAAGAGGAUUCCACUACCAGAUCACAGAGGAAAUGAUCGUACAUAUUUCAAGCCAAUGACAGACCUAAUUUCAUCUCCUGUUCUAUUCACGCCAGAAGCUCAUUUCCUUUAUUCACAGCGAACUAGAUUGGAGCACUCAAUGAGUGGUGAAGCAAGAAACCCUGAGAGGUUACCAGUCAAAAGGGGAAGCAAGACACUGUUCAAGGAUGAAGGGGAUCUACCCAUCAAAUUUGCCAAGCUUUGUGAACCAGAGCGAGUGCUGCUAUAUGUACGCAGGGAGUGUGAAGAUGUAUUUGAUGCCUUGAUGUUACAGACUCCUAAUCUUAAGGGACUGAAGAAUGCUAUCUCAGAGAAGUAUGGGCUGCUUGAAGAGAGGAUUUGCAAAGUUUACAAGAAGUGUAUGAAAGGAAUCCUGGUGAACAUGGAUGAUAACAUCGUGCAGCAUUACUGCAACCAUGCCGCAUUCCUGGUGGAGAUAAAGGACAUAUGUGGUGGCUGUCAAAUAACACUUAAAGAAGUUUAAGGAGACUUAACAUUCCUGGACAAACUCAAAGAUGUACAGAAUAUAGGAACAGAUUAGGAAUUGCUCUACCUCUGUUCCUCUGUCCGUGAACAUUAACUGUCGGCUGCUUUGGACCAAAGAACAUUGUGCCAUUACUCUCAUCUGACCUAACAACAAAACAGGCUUGUUUCUACCCAGCAUGAAGAGUUCAAUAUUGCCUUCAUUUUAUUCUAUGCUUGUAUGGAUGAUGCUCGAAGCAAUCUUUUCUUCUUUGUUUGCACCGCUCAACACGUUCCUUCUGGAAUCUGAAUGCCUCGCUUGCUUCACUUCAUCAAACCAAACCUUAUUGACUGUUGGACUGUACACUGGAUCACCAGCCAGCCUAUGUAUAUUUUAGUAUGAUGGAAUGUGUGAGAUUUUUGAAUCAUUUGCUAGUUCCUGUAAUUUGCUUGCCAAUUUUUUAAAAUCUCAACUCAACCUUGUCAGAUUUCCGGCAAGAUUUUCAAUAUAAAGUAUUUACGGAAGGAAUGGCAAAUUGGUUGCUAUUUUAUGGUGCUCAUGAAGUUUGUGGAAAAAUUCAUUGCUCAUAAGUGAACACUAAUUUCGUCUUUAGGGCGAGGGAAGGACCCUCCCUCCAAUAAUUCAAAGAACAUUUAUUUCUUCUUUAUAUAUGUACGUAAUUCCACAGAACCAUCCUUCCUUGUUACAUAUCAUACAUCUGCACCACCUUUCCCUAGUAUUUUGGUGGAGGAAAUAUUUGUGUACCAUCGUUUUAUUGCCACAAAUGGUAACCAGACCUCCUGAUGCAAUCAACAAUUUCCAAAACGUUUAAGAUUAUCAGCGUGCACAGGAGAUGUUUAGAAUCGUGGUGUGCUGGUAUCUCUUCAUGAUUUACAACCUUCAAAGUAUUGUACAAUGGAUGUGUAUAAAAUAUUGUAUCAUAGAUUAAUGGGGGGACACCUCAGUGAUCUAGCAUGUCCAGUUGCCGAAGUACUGCUCAGGCAUCCAGAUUUAAGAUAUUGGUAGCCCAACUAGCUGCCCAAUGCUUUUCUUUUUAAUGCCCCUAUUUUAAGCAAGUGAUAUCCAUGAUUGGCGCUUAAUUAAAUUGGUCUCGGAAGUAGUGCUUUCCUUUGCAGUGCCAUUGGGAGCCCAACUAGCUGCCCAAUGCUUUUCUUUUUAAUGCCCCUAUUUUAAGCAAGUGAUAUCCAUGAUUGGAGCCUAUUAUAUUGGCUGAUAUGUUUGAAGAGCUUCCAAAUUAGAUGGCAAUUUGCCCGAUUCAUUAUUUGAAGAAACAUAACAUUUCCACACCUAAAGACAUGGUAAAAAAAGAAUGAUUCCUAGUUUCCUCUAAUUGAUUUACUAAAUCAACAUAGCUUUCUCGGGGUGUAUUUUCAUUUGUUUACUGAUGUUUCUGAAUACUUUUUACUCAUGUAUAAAUUCAGAGAUAUGCAUUAUGCUCAGUCAAAAGGUGUUCACAAACAUUAUUAGGGAAAGAUAGGAACAUUUCUUACCAUUAAUCGUCUUGAUUUUUUGGAUUACUGUUUUUUUGUGUAAAUAUAGUCAGUCUUUUACAUUUAUUGGUAUUAUACUCAGGAUCUCCACGAUGUGAACACGUAUAUAUUGUACAUAGAAAGAGUUAGCCUCAAGUUUAAACAUUGUGGUGAUGGACAUUUCAUGUUGAUGAUGUAUUUUUCAAACUGCAGAUGAGAUCUCACAAUUGUGAGAUAUAUUUUUGUUAUCGUAUUGUAAUAAAUGAGCAUAUCUGGUGUAACAUUCUAAAAUUGUAACUUCCUGGGUGCCAUUGUUGGUUUUUAACGUCAAAGAGUUACAUAAACUUCACUGCCAAAUUCCUGUAAAAAUUUCAAUUGAUUAAAAUGCAAAGUGUUUAAAAAAAAAAA